GUUCUUCUGACAAGCUCAUAAAUGCAGAAUGUCAUCUCUGAAGCUUUUCCCAUAUUAUGUCUGGGAGAUUCAUCCAAGCUCUUCUGGGGAUCUGUAUCCAGCCUGCCCUUCCUCAUCAUCGAGUCGAGCACCAUCAAGCCUUACCACCGAGGAUUUUACUGCAGUGACGAGAGCAUCAAAUACCCGCUGAAAACAGGGGAGACCAUCAAUGAUGCUGUGCUCUGUGCAGUGGGGAUCGUCAUUGCCAUCCUCGCGAUCAUCACAGGAGAAUUCUACCGGAUCUACUACCUGAAGGAGAAGUCCCGGUCCACGAUUCAGAAUCCCUACGUGGCAGCCCUCUAUAAGCAAGUGGGUUGCUUCCUCUUUGGCUGUGCCAUCAGCCAGUCCUUCACCGACAUAGCAAAAGUGUCCAUAGGGCGCCUGCGUCCCCACUUCCUCAGUGUCUGCGACCCUGAUAUCAGCCAGAUCAACUGCUCCCAGGGCUACAUUCAGAACUACCAAUGCAGAGGCCCUGAGAGCAAAGUUCAGGAAGCCAGGAAGUCCUUCUUCUCUGGCCAUGCCUCCUUCUCCAUGUACACGAUGCUGUAUCUGGUGCUAUACCUGCAGGCCCGCUUCACCUGGAGAGGCGCCCGGCUGCUCAGGCCCCUCCUGCAAUUCACCUUGAUCAUGAUGGCCUUCUACACGGGACUGUCCCGCAUAUCUGACCACAAGCACCACCCUGGCGAUGUCCUGGCGGGGUUUGCCCAAGGAGCCCUGGUGGCUGGCUGCAUAGUAUUCUUCGUGUCAGACCUCUUCAAGACCAAGACAAUGCUUACCCUGCCUCCCACUGCAAUCAGGAAGGAGAUCCUCUCCCCUGUGGACAUUAUUGACAGGAACAAUCACCACAACAUGGUGUAGGUGCUGCCCGCCCACUGCGCGGGUCCUGUAAAGUGACUGCUGACAGCAAGUUCUUGCUGCUCUCUCCGAUCUCAUCAGACAGUAGAAUGUAGGGAAAAACUUUUCGCCCAACUGAUUUUUGAAAAGGAAAAAAAAAAGUCUCACUUUGUGGCCUUCCAAAAUAGGUAGUGUUCACCUAUGUGGAAAGGACAGCAGACUAACACCGAGUGCUGGAGCCGCGGAUGUGCAGUGGGAUUAAGUGUUCAUGUUCUAGUGAACGCGGGCUUGUUCAGGAGCAAACAGUUACAGGAUGUGAGCAGAGGCUUCUGGGCUCCCUUGUGAUCUGGGAACCCCCAAGGCCUGUGAGAAAAGCGCAAAUUCACCCGGUAGCACACGAAGCCAGAUCACAAUGAGCACAGCACUCGGCCAUGGGGCUCCCCUCUACCAACCUUCUGCCCACCCCACUUGCCUCCAACUGUGGACUUCGGGGCAGGAAGUUUCAUUUUGGUUUUUAAACAUGAGGAACGAGCAAGUUUGCUUGGUCCAGGGAUCAAACCCCAAAUCCAAAUCCCCAGUCCCAAAGCCGUCAUCACCACCACCACAGUCCCUCACAUUAGAGAUUAGGAGACUCUUUGUGGAAGAGUGAACUUCACAAAUAGCACAAUUUCAGAAGAGACGGAGGGCACAGGCCCUCGUGUAUCUUCUUUGACUCA